AUGGCAGAAGAAUCUGAAAGUUCAAGGGAACGUGCCUUGAGCGCCUUGGCAUUCCUACUUCUUGUGUUUGGCCUGGCUGCGCUGCUACAAACAUGGGGUUUCCUCCGUGUCACACAUGCAACUUCUGCUAGAGUGGUUGCAAGAAGCGAAAACACAUUUGGCAUACUGCAGCACAGUCAUCAAACCCCUCAUGGUCCUUUUGCGGUUGACAAUCACCAGGGUACAAGUUUGCCCUUAGAAAGACACAGAGAAGUGCCAAGUCCAAGUAGUGAUGAGAUUGCAAAGAUGCUGCAAGAGACCAAAGCAGCAAACAAACAAGUCCAAAGCGGCUAUGGAUCAAUUCUCGAAGCACUUAAAACGCUGCAGCAACAGACCUCUUACGCGAAACCCGAGAAGUGUGACUCUCCGCGGAAGCUAGUCUUGGAUAGAUGCAUUUGCCCGGCAGGGUCGAAGUGGGACGGCAGCACUUGUGCUCAGAGUCUUGAUGAGAUGUCCUUUUACAUGUACAGAGCACAAAAUGAUCACAAUUAUGUCAUGGGCAAUGUCGACAUGGCAGACUUGGCUGGUGUCAUGUACUACCUACACCACGAAAUUGUGAAAAUCAAUGCGACGCCUGGGGUCAGAAUGAACGGAAUCACGAGGAUUCUUAGAUUCUUGGUCACUGUGCGGCCUUCCAACCAGCUUGUCAGGCAAAUGAAAGCGUUUAUGCCCUUCGUGGCAUUUGAUCUCGGCAAAUGUUCUGUGCCUGGCUGCAACAAACUUUGGGAUCACUAUGGCUUUGCAGUUGGAUGCCAAAAGCAAGGCGCAUCUACAGGCUUUGCCUAUACGUCUUCAAACGAUCCUUCUGGUGCGUGGUUUUCUUUGCCUGCGGCCUGUCCGGCUUUACCGAUUGGAAAAAAGGACGAGGCAUGUAUGACGCAGUAUCCUGGCGGCAGGUGUGAUGAUUUGUCAGUAUCAUCCUCCUGCACUUACAGCACCGAUUUUGCCGGCGAGGUUUUCUUAGACGAUCUUGCAGGGAUCAACAACUAUGCAAAAUGGCAGAGAGAAGGACAUUUGGAGUAUGACCCACUGAAAGACAAAGGUGUUGGGACAUCGUUUUGGAACUUCCGAGGGAGCACCGCAUGGUGUGAAAGGCGCAUGCAGCGCGUCCGAAGCUUGUUCAAAGAGCGUUAUCCUUUACUUCCAGAAGACCUUCCUGCUCCGGCAUGCUUUUGA